AUGUUCAAUAAUAUGUAUCCUUAUCUGGGAUACUCCACCAACUUCACAACAAACCCUUCUUCAACAUCAAAUAAAGGAACUCAGCAAUCUAAACAGCAGUCAUCAUCAGGUUCACAACAACAACCACAACCACCUCAACAACAGCCAACCCAAGGACAAUUGACAUCUCCUCCAAACACUAGACAACAACCAUUUAUUACAAACACAACUAAUCCUGCAUCCUAUUUCAAUAGAAAUGUUGGUGGUAGCUCUACAUCUGCCAAUUCUUCAACCAAUUCACGUGGCGUUCCACCAUUGGGUCAUACCAAUGUACAAAUCCCAUCAAGAUCAACUUAUGGUAUACAAUCAUUAAGUGGUUUGGGUACACAUCCAAGUCAGUACCAACUUUCGCAACAACAACAAGCGCAGCAACAUCAACAGGGACAUAAUAACCUUUACUACAACGCAUCAUCCCACUCCACAACACCACAAAUAUUCAAUACUCAGUUGCAAAAUGAUCAUCCUCAGCAAUUGGAUCCUAAACAGUUGCAAAAAUUUACCCCACAACAACAAUAUCACCAGCAAGCCCAAUAUUACCAACAGCAACAUCAACAACAACAACCAAUACCACAACAAACUCACCACAGACAACCCAGUCUGCAGCAAUCUCAACUGAGCUAUCAACACCAUCUGCCUCAACAACAGCAACAGCAGAUGUUUCAUCAACAAGCACAACAAGCACAACAACAGCAUCAUCACUCGGGAUCCUCUCAUGUUGCCUCUACUCUUCCUCAACAAAGUACAUCAACUCCUAAUAGUGCUACUAGUCUAGCUGCAGCUGCAGCUUCUGCACCUGGUAUCACUACUGUGACUGGUGGCGAUCAAAAAGUUAAAAAACCAAGAAAACCUAGAGCUACUAAAAAAGAGAUGGAAGAAAAGAGAAGAUUGCUUUUGGAAAAAGAAGCCUUGAGAAUUCAACAAGGUGGUUCACCUGUAGUGAAAGGUGAAUCCGUGGAUGCUAAUGGUAAAAAAAGAAGAGGACGUCCAAAGAAACUCAUUCUUGACCCUUCAACUAAUACCAUGAUUGAUUCCACCCAUCCAAAUUUUAAGCAAUUGAAUAAAAUUUUGAGAGAAAGUAGUGUUGCUGCUACUACUACUACUACUAAUACUACUUCAAUGGGGGUUAACAAUGGAGUCUUACACCCUGAGACUCAACCCGAAUACAUGUCACAUUACAACGAAAGUAUGGCCAUUCAUCUGCAACAACAUAUCCAGCAGCAACAACUUCAACAACAACAGCAACUCCAUCAACAGCAACAGCAACAGCAACACCAGCAACAACAACACCAGCAACAGCAACACCAGCAACAGCAACACCAGCAACAGCAACACCAGCAACAGCAACACCAGCAACAACAACACCAACAGCAACACCAGCAACAACGUAAACAACAACAAAAGCAAAAGCAAAAGCAACGCCAGCAACAGCAACAAAUCCGGCAACAGCAAAAUGCCCUUGUUGCUAAUGGAUUGGCAGGUUUAAGUGAUUUAGACUUUCAACAAUUAUUGAAAAAGAAGGAUAAGCGAGGCAGACCUAGAAAAUUCCCAGUUGAACAAACUGGUAUUACUAUCAAAGGUGUCAAGAUUAAUGCUAAGAAAUAG